CAUCCAGGUCACCCCGGCUGUCCUCUGGGCCGUGGUGCAGCCGAGACUUUAGGCGACACCCAGGUGAGCAGCGUCUGCGCCGCGGCCGACCUGGUACAUGCCGGUUAGCCGGCGAGGAUGCAGCCCGCACCUGCGAGCAUCCCAAGCGGCUUCUGCUGUGGCAGCCGCAACCACAGCGUGACCCAAGGAGGCGGUGUCAGUGGCUGCUGAAUUUUCCCCUGUAGAGAGCCGGAGGAGAAAAAAACCGAAGAAAGCCCGCCAAAAUCUCGGCUUGGUUCGUUUUUUGAGAUGGUCAAAACUAUUUUUUUUGUGAAAAUGCCCUGCACCUGUAAUGGGAACAACUGGAGGCAAUGGAUCGGAUGCCUGCUUGUGUUUAUUUACUUUAUUUUCAUCCUUGUUUCCCUCGGUGUUUGGCAACUUCAAAAACUAAAGGCUGGAAUGCACAUACAACUAUGGCUUAUUGCUGCUGUUUUUAUGCUGUUGACAAUCCCUGUGUCCUUCUGGGAGAUUGUGCAGCACUUAGUGCAUUUCACACAACCAGAACUCCAGAAGCCCAUUAUAAGGAUUCUGUGGAUGGUUCCAUUAUACAGUUUUUGUAGUUGGCUAUCUUUGAAAUAUCCUAAAAUCUUCAUCUAUAUGGAUACCUGCAAGGACUGGUACGAAGCUUUCGUUAUUUAUAACUUUAUGAUGUUACUCAGGAACUACCUACAAAUACAAUUCCCUGAUGUGAUGGUCCACCUGGAAACUAAAGGUCAGCAACAGCAUCACCCCACUCUGUGCUACUAUUCACCAUGGCCUAUGGGAGAAAUGCGGUAUUAUUGGUACCGAUUUGGAGUGUUGCAGUACCUUGUGGUCAGAUCAGUCACCACUAUGACAACAUUGGUAUGUGAAAAUAUUGGUAUACUUCAUGAAAUGACCUUUAAUGUCUACAACGCAUGGACUUACUUAUGUAUUUUAAACAACAUUUCACAGCUGUUUGCCUUGUCCUCCCUCUGGCUGUUUUAUAGAAUGCUGAAAGAAGAGUUCAGACCUCUAAAACCUGUUUUCAAAUUUCUUUGUUUCAAAAUUGUAAUCUGUCUCUCGUUCUGGCAAGCAGUACUAAUCAGUGUAUUACUAAAAUCUGGCAUAAUUUCAAAGAUACAUGUGAUGGAAGGGCAACGUCCUGAAGCUGUGGCCACAGGCCUGCAGGAUGUCCUCAUCUGCAUCGAAAUGCUUUUCAUGGCGAUUGGAAAUUAUUAUAUAUUUUCAUAUAAGCCGUAUAUAAAAGAAGGAGAGGAAGGCUCAUGCUUCAACUCCUUCGUAGCAAUGUUUGAUGUGUCUGAUAUCAAGCAUCACAUUGCCGAGGACAUGAGAUAUUUCAAAAGAAUAACACAGUGUUCUCCAAAAAAAGAUCCAGUACUCGAAACCCAGAGCAUACUCAACACCCUAGUCGUCUUAUCUCAUGAGCACCAAAUGAAGGUUCUCCAAGCACAAAGACAAUCUUACGCCAGCGCGAGUAUCGGGACUUUGGACAAGAAUAUUCCUCAUAAUGCAGCCGUUGCAUUCCAUCAGGGUGAACAUACAAAAAUAGACAUACCAGAACACGAGGGCCCUCCUGACGGUUCAGAAAGAAUAACACAGUGUUCUCCAAAAAAAGAUCCAGUACUCGAAACCCAGAGCAUACUCAACACCCUAGUCGUCUUAUCUCAUGAGCACCAAAUGAAGGUUCUCCAAGCACAAAGACAAUCUUACGCCAGCGCGAGUAUCGGGACUUUGGACAAGAAUAUUCCUCAUAAUGCAGCCGUUGCAUUCCAUCAGGGUGAACAUACAAAAAUAGACAUACCAGAACACGAGGGCCCUCCUGACGGUUCAGAAAGAAUAACACAGUGUUCUCCAAAAAAAGAUCCAGUACUCGAAACCCAGAGCAUACUCAACACCCUAGUCGUCUUAUCUCAUGAGCACCAAAUGAAGGUUCUCCAAGCACAAAGACAAUCUUACGCCAGCGCGAGUAUCGGGACUUUGGACAAGAAUAUUCCUCAUAAUGCAGCCGUUGCAUUCCAUCAGGGUGAACAUACAAAAAUAGACAUACCAGAACACGAGGGCCCUCCUGACGGUUCAGAAAGAAUAACACAGUGUUCUCCAAAAAAAGAUCCAGUACUCGAAACCCAGAGCAUACUCAACACCCUAGUCGUCUUAUCUCAUGAGCACCAAAUGAAGGUUCUCCAAGCACAAAGACAAUCUUACGCCAGCGCGAGUAUCGGGACUUUGGACAAGAAUAUUCCUCAUAAUGCAGCCGUUGCAUUCCAUCAGGGUGAACAUACAAAAAUAGACAUACCAGAACACGAGGGCCCUCCUGACGGUUCAGGGUAUGUGAAAAUAUUGGUGUCCACAGUGAAAGACCUUUAAAGUCUUCAACGCAUGGACUUACUUAUGUAUUUUAAAUAACAUUUCACGAGUGUACUAGAGCUAGAACCCACGGCCUGUGAGUGUAGAGCAUGCACCUUGCUUGGCCCUGACUCCACUGCAAGGAUCUGAAGAAGGAUCCUUACUGCUUUCCUGUCCUGGAGUAGUUUAAAUGAGCAUAAAGUGUCUUAUCAUUUUAAUGGGGAAGUUUGCCUUGUCCUCCCUCUGGCUGUUUUAUGGAAUGCUGAAAGAAGAGCUCAUAUCUCUGAAACCUAUUUGCAAAUUUAUUUGUAUCAAAAUGGUAUUCUGUCUCUCAUUCUGGCAAGCAGUACUAAUCAGUGUAUUACUAAAAUCUGGCAUAAUUUCAAAGAUACAUGUGAUGGAAGGGCAACGUCCUGAAGCUGUGGCCACAGGCCUGCAGGAUGUCCUCAUCUGCAUCGAAAUGCUUUUCAUGGCGAUUGGAAAUUAUUAUAUAUUUUCAUAUAAGCCGUAUAUAAAAGAAGGAGAGGAAGGCUCAUGCUUCAACUCCUUCGUAGCAAUGUUUGAUGUGUCUGAUAUCAAGCAUCACAUUGCCGAGGACAUGAGAUAUUUCAAAAGAAUAACACAGUGUUCUCCAAAAAAAGAUCCAGUACUCGAAACCCAGAGCAUACUCAACACCCUAGUCGUCUUAUCUCAUGAGCACCAAAUGAAGGUUCUCCAAGCACAAAGACAAUCUUACGCCAGCGCGAGUA